AUGGAACGAUCUGACGCAAUUCUCAGUCAAAAUAGUUAUGACUGUUAUGACACUUUGAACGAAAAUGAUGAGGUGGUUUUUCUAUUCUCUGUAGUUUUAUGUACAACGGUUGUCACCGUGCUGAGUGACUGCAGCUCUUUAGAUCAGUACUUCUACAUCAGGAAUAAGGUUUCUGGUUUGGUGUUAGACGCAAGCGACAAUAAAGGCAUCAGGAUUCAGCCUUAUAAUAGUUCUGCAAGAUAUCAGCAAUUCAGGAUAAAACCUGCUAGUAGGACUGGAUUGUUUAACAUCAUCAAUACCUAUACAGAGAGGGCACUAGAUUAUCUUCCGGUAGGUGAGCAUGGUUACAAUAAUGAAGUCAAUUUUACUUUGAUAUGGUUUGAAAGCAGCGUUUAUCAAGAAUUUUUUAUCAAUGGUGAUGGCACUAUUAUGAAUGGUGGUUUCUAUAAUUACGGUAUAAUGGUUGACCAGAACCCAUUUUACGCAGGCAAUUUUGUCUACAUAGCAUCUGGUGAGAAUUUUGGAGAAGAUCAACAAUUCGAGUUGACUAAUGGAGGUCCCUUAUAGUGGACAAAAUGCACUUAAAUACAGAAGUUGUAUUAUAUUUAUAUUUGGUAUUUAAAAUCCUGUAUUAACAUUAAAUAAAUAUAAGAUUAUUUUGCUA